AUGUCUGGCUUGCCCAUUUCUUCUAUGAUGAAGGGAUGGUUUUCAGGCUUGUUGAAAACCACAUUCAGGUCUAAAGAGAUUGUUUCUUUGUGGGUUUUGGCUGCAAUUGGCGAUGGUUCAAGAGGUGGGGCUUUGAUAAGUGUUAUAAACAGAGUUGUUUUUACUGCAUUUACCUGCAUUCUUGCACUAGGAGGGGCUAUAAUGGGAGCAAUUCAUGGAGCCAUCACAGGCCAGACGACGGAGACUGGGUUGGUUACUGGAGCCGGAAUAGGUUGUCUGGCAGGGGCAAUUGCAGCCAUUCAGUUGAUGGAUUUGGGAGUUGAUGGCCAAUCAUUAUCUAAGGUUGCUCUCUUGGGGGGUAUGGUAAAUGGGAAGGUGUUUAUGGAAUGGGUAAGUUGUGCAGUGCUAAAAGCCUAUCACUGGCAAGUUAGCAAUCUGGAAACAACUUAUGGAGAGAUUUCUGAAAUUUAUGACAUUGCUGGAGCUAAGGGCUUAUCCCACGAAUACAUUCAAAGGCUUCCUCAAAUUACAUUUCGUUCUAGCAAUAUGAUUGAAUCUUGCAAUGACUUUUGCUGCUCAAUUUGCUUGCAGGAACUGAAGGAGGGAGAGUGUGCAAGAGAACUUCCCAUCUGUAGGCAUUUCUUUCACAUGGCCUGCAUAGACCAAUGGCUAAAGCAACAAUCUUCUUGCCCUAUGUGCAGAACACGUGUCCAUACUGAAAACGUUUAA